GCCCGGCCCGGCAGCUCCAGCCCCGCCGCGCCCGGCCCUGCCCGGCCCCCCCCGCGCGACCCCCGGCCCCGCCGCCAUGGCCGACCCCAAGUACGCCGACCUGCCCGGCAUCGCCCGCAACGAGCCGGACGUGUACGAGACCAGCGACCUGCCCGAGGACGACCAGGCCGAGUUCGACGCGGAGGAGCUGACGAGCACCAGUGUGGAGCACAUCAUCGUCAACCCCAACGCCGCCUAUGACAAGUUCAAGGACAAGCGUGUGGGCACCAAGGGGCUCGAUUUCUCCGACCGCAUUGGCCAAACCAAGCGCACAGGCUAUGAGUCGGGCGAGUACGAGAUUCUCGGGGAAGGCUUGGGCCUGAAGGAGACGCCCCAGCAGAAGUAUCAGCGUCUGCUACACGAGGUCCAGGAGCUGAGCAGCGAGGUGGAAAAGAUCCAGAGCACUGUCAAGGAGUCAGCGGCCGAGGAGAAGCUGACGCCCGUGGCCCUGGCCAAGCAGGUGGGCGCCCUCAAGCAGCAGCUGGUCUCCAGCCACCUUGAGAAGCUGCUGGGCCCGGAGGCUGCCAUCAACCUCACCGACCCUGAUGGCGCGCUGGCCAAGCGCCUGCUCAUCCAGCUGGAAGCCUCCAAGAGCGCCAAGGCAGCGGGAAAGAGCCCAGCCAAGGGAGCGCCUGCCCCUGGGAACCUGGUCACCUACGAGCUGCACUCGCGGCCUGAACAGGACAAGUUCACUCAGGCUGCCAAGGUGGCGGAGCUAGAGAAGCGGCUGAGUGAGCUGGAAGCCACUGUGCGCUGUGAGCCAGAUGCCCAGAACCCCCUGACUGUCGGGCUCCAGGGAGCUAGCCUGAUGGAGACAGUAGAAAUCCUGCAGGCCAAGGUCAGCACCUUGGACAUGGCUGCGCUGGACCAAGUGGAGGCCAGACUCCAGAGCGUCCUGGGGAAGGUGAAUGAGAUCGCCAAGCACAAGGCAGCUGUGGAGGAUGCCGACACCCAGAGCAAGGUGCACCAGCUGCAUGAAGUGGUGCAGCGCUGGGGGCCACUAGCCAGUGCCCUGCCCCAGGUGGUACAGCGCCUGUGUGCCCUCAAGGACCUGCAUGAGCAAGCCAUGCAGUUUGGGCAGCUGCUGGCACACUUGGACACUACCCAGCAGCUCAUCGCUGGCUCCCUCAAGGACAACAGUGCUCUGCUGGCCCAGGUGCAGAAGACCAUGAAGGAGAACCUGGUAGCUGUGGAGGACAACUUUGCUGGCAUUGAUGCCCGCAUCCAUCAGCUUGCCAAGUGACCCCCCCCCCCCAUAGCCACCCCUGCUGCAUGGGACACUGCCCCAGCCCCACUUUUCCUGGGAGGGAACAGACCCCUUCACCCCAUGUAUGCUGACAGCCAUUAAAACAACUGUGCUCACCA